GGGACGUUUUUUUUUGUUUCCUCUGGCACAGGGUGAGGCAGGACACUCCUCAAGAGCCUCCCUGGAAAAGCUUGUCAGCAAUGUGUGGGCUAGUGAGUGCAGAGGGGAGGGGGAGGCACUAAGACCCUGUGGCCUCUGAAUGAGGGAGGGGGAGGCACAGGAAAAGCUUUGCAAGUUACAGUUGACUUUUUUUGCCUCCUUGAUUUAUCUGGGAAGGGACAGGGGGCUGAGAUCAGAGGCACCUCGGCUAAUCCCCACUGCUCACUGCGCAGAUCAGCCUCAUUGGGAAGCUAUUAGCGCAAAGGGGAAAUGUUCACAUGCAGCAGGAUCAGAUAAACAGUUCCAGAGAUAUUGGGGCAGCAGCAGCAGCAGCAGCUCCACAGAACAGGGGUCAGUGCAGAGCCACACAGCUGCUUAAACCUGCUAGUGCCAACUGAAUAUCUAGGCAUGCAGCUGUGAGCACAGACAUGGAGCGAAUCAAAGUUCUGGAUCAACUGCUGCCGGAGCUAAAUGUUCUUCUGAAGCUUCUGGAUCACGAGUUCCUGAGCGCUACGACCCGAGAAAAGCAAAGUGCAGUGUGCAGUAUCCUGCGCCAGCUUCAGCCAGCACCUGGAGAUGAGUUGGACUUCCAGUAUAUGAACACCGCUGCUUAUCACAAUGGCACCAGCUUUGUGGAAUCUCUGUUUGAGGAGUUUGAUUGUGACCUGCAUGAUUUACAGGACAUGCAGGAGGAAUACAGGGACAGCAGUGAGAAUGUGUCCUGCCAGGUUCCUCCACCUCCAUCUGCACCGCCACCGCCUCUGCCCACCACUCCACCACCAGAGGAUUAUUAUGAAGAGGCAGUGCCCCUUGGGCCUGGCAAAUUCACAGAAUACAUCACCCGAAAUAGUUCCAGUCCUCCAAACUCUAUAGAAGAUGGUUAUUAUGAGGAAGCAGAUAACAAUUACCCUAUGACUCAGAUUAAUGGAGAACAGAAAAAUUCCUAUAACGAGUCUGAUGGUCUGAGCAGUUCAUAUGAGUCAUACGAUGAGGAAGAUGAAGAAGGGAAGGCUCAGCGUCUCAUGCUCCAGUGGCCAUCACAGGAAGCUUCUCUCCACCUUGUUCGAGAUAGCAGAAUUUGUGCUUUUCUCCUUCGCAAGAAGCGCUUUGGCCAGUGGGCAAAACAGUUGACACUUAUUAAAGAUAACAAGCUGCUGUGUUACAAAAGCUCCAAGGACCGUCAGCCUCACCUGGAGAUCCCUUUGGCCCUGUGUAAUGUGGCCUAUGUGCCCAAGGAUGGAAGGCGCAAGAAGCACGAGCUGCGUUUCUCUCUUCCCAAUGGGGAAAUGUUGGUUUUGGCUGUGCAGAGUCGGGAGCAGGCUGAGGAAUGGUUGAGGGUAAUAAAACAAGUUAUCAGCCCAAGCACAGGAAGUUCUCCAGCCUCUCCAGCCCUCAGGCACAAACUAUACCUGGACAAGAGGCUGUCCCAUGAUAAGACAUCUGACUCAGAUAGUGCAGCAAAUGGAGAGAACAGCUCUCUCAGCAGCGGGAAGGAGAACCGUGACACAGGGAAAUGUCGGAAGGGGGGUUUGGCGGAACUGAAAGGGUCCAUGAGUCGAGCUGCGGGUAAGAAGAUCACUAGGAUUAUCAGCUUCUCCAAAAAGAAGCAAUCUUCUGAAGAACAUCACACUUCAUCUACUGAAGAAGAGGUUCCCUGCUGUGGCUAUCUCAAUGUGCUAGUAAACCAGUGCUGGAAGGAACGCUGGUGUCGCUUAAAGGGCCACACACUCUAUUUUCACAAGGACGGCAAUGACUUACGUACACACAUUAAUGCCAUUGCGCUGCGUGGCUGCGAUGUGUCACCAGGGCUUGGUCCUCGACAUCCCUUUGCUUUCCGUAUCCUACGACAGGGUCAGGAGGUUACUGCUCUAGAGGCCAGCUGUUCAGAAGAAAUGGGGCGUUGGCUGGGGCUCCUUUUGGCUCAGACCGGCUCUAAAACCAAGCCAGAGGCCUUGCACUAUGAUUAUGUGGAUGUGGAAACGAUAGCCAACAUUGUAACUGCUGUGCGUCACUCCUUCCUGUGGGCAACAUCAUCACACAGCAGCAGCAGCGACUCGCGACUCUAUGACGACGUAUCAUAUGAGAAGGUGGAAGACCCCAAGCGGGCCCCUGCAGUUGCACAGGUAAAACGCCAUGCCUCCUCCUGCAGUGAGAAAUCCCGACGGGUAGAGUCUGAGGUUAAAGUGAAACGCCAUGCAUCCAAUGCUAACCAGUACAAAUAUGGCAAAACAAGGGCUGAGGAAGAUGCCCGGAAAUUCAUUGUUGAAAAAGAGAAGCUUGAAAAGGAAAAGGAAGCCAUCCGGAGCAAGCUGUUUGCCUUGAAAAGGGAGAGGAGGGAACUGAAGGAGAAGCUGAAGAACUGCUCAGGAAAGCAACAGCAGGAGAUGGAGGCAAGGCUGGCUAUGCUGGAGGAGCAGUGCAAGAACAAUGAGAAAGCUCGUGUAGACUUGGAGAUACAACUCACAGAGGUGAAAGAAAACCUAAAGAAAUCCCUGGCUGGAGGGCCGACGCUUGGCUUAACUGUAACUGGCAAGCCUGAAAACCCACCUGAAAAAAGCCAGAAGACAAGCAGCCCACUGGAACGCCUUGUGCCUGUUAACAGUGCGGCUGAGAUGAGGCGUAGAGCUCCAUCCAUUGAGGCAUCCAACAAAGGCAAAGUGCUGCAAAAGGCCAAGGAGUGGGAGAAGAAGAAACCCUAGAGAAAUCCCCCCCCCCCAGUUCUUUUGGUCAUGAGAAAAGGCACAACGUGAUUUUCUGAAUAUCAGAUAUGGAGGACAUUGUAGUGAUGGAACCUGGUCUGAAACGUCUUUUCAAUCACUGACUAUACAGAGUUAAAAAAAAACUUACUGUGGAACACUGGAAGCCAAUUGAGCUAUAUAGGAGCUCCCAAACAUUUCUGUAUUAUAAAUUGCAUGUGUACGUUAAUAUCCUAAGGAAAUGGGGACAUGAAUGCCACAGUGAGGAGUUUGCCACUGGGGAUUUCAUAAUCCCAAUAGGAAAAUUGGGAUACACCAUUUUUGGUUAAGGCUGGAACUAAACUUUGAUUACAGUAAUAACUGAUCAGGUUAUAGACAGGGAAGUGCAAUUGGGAUGUAUUUGUCUAGAUGGAGGAGAAGAGAAACAAAAGAAAUAUACUAAAAUCAAGACUUGAUGGCAAACAUAUUUAUUAGUGGCCCUGGGGUAUGGAUCCUAGAUUGAAACUGACACAGAGUGGAAUGCAAGUACUCAUAGUGAAGGUCAAAAUAAUGGGAAUUAUUGCAAAGCUUGAGAGUUUAUAUUUUAGGGACUAUUGAAUGUGAUCGUACUUCUGCACUACAUUUCUGAGCAGUUUCUAAGAACAGAAUAUAACCUAUUCAUACAUGUGGUUAAUGCUACAUUUCACGAGUUUUGCCCCAACUUUUUUUUCCGUCAAUUUAAGGGGAAAUACAUUGAAAUAAAACUUUGUGUACAAAUAGAGUAAAUAUUUUCUACAUCACUGUACAUGUAUAUACUGUGUACAUUGUAGUGGUGGCCUUUGUGAGGAAAGCCUGUCACCUGCCUGCAGAUACUGCCAGUUAGUGAGGGCAGAUGCUGGUGGCUCAGAGGAUGCCAGCUUGUGUGUUGGUACUAACAAGUAGCGAUGCACUGCCUCCAUAAUUUUCUUUUUUAGGCAAAUACUGAACCCUCCAGUUGUCUCUGUGUUUAAAGUGCCUUGACUGCAAGUUUUUGGUUUGGCCAAUAAGGAAUCUUGCUUAAAAAGCACUAGGAUUUAGCAGAAUGUAAAAACAAAUGUUAAUUUAGUGCAUCUCUGCAAACAAGAUCAUGAUUCCAAGAUCAUGAAUCCAAGUUUGUACCAAGUACUAUAGAAAGAAAGCAGCAGUAAGUGUGUGUGUGUGCGGUGGGGAAUGGUAGAGUAGAAAUGGUGCUCUUAUCAAGGUCGUUCUAGUUGGCUCACUCAGGACUAUUAAAGGACGUUUAAGAAAGACUGUGAGCAUAAAGCCUUUGAUCCCCUUAUAAAGGAUCCAGAUAACCCAUUAACAUCCCUGUGGAAAGACUCCAGCAAACUGUGUGGAAAGUAGUUUGGGGCCAUGUCUGCUUUACACUUCUAAUUGUGCAUUUUAUGUACAGAGAGUUCUAUGCACUUUAAGGAUCUUCAAUCUUUUUUUUCCAAUAAAAUAAAGAUGUACAGAC